AUGACGACUCCCCGGGUCCUCUUCCUCUUUGCUGUUCUGUUUGCCAUUGCUAGAACAGGGACUCCUAUUCAGUGCGAGGUGUCUCACCGAAUCAGAAUACGGAGCAACCUUCUCCAGACCUGUGCCCCCGAGUUUGAUGCCUGCGGAUCGUUGGUGAUUGAAGCAACGCGGUCUGGAAAGACAGUAAGAACCGUUAAAAAGUGGUGCGCAAAGAGGGAAGAAUGUGUUCCUGGUCCGAUAUUUAUGCAUCUUCAGAAUGGACUAAGGGAGACUGGAAAGACUGUCUGCUGUUACCACGAUGGCUGCAACUCUGUGAUUCCCUCAGUACCACCUAUGAUAGAAACCCUAAAUGGACUCUGGUGCCCUUCUUGUAUCGUUAACCGUCCUGACCCAUGCCGGCAAGAGGUCAUCCUUUGCAAAGGAGAGGCAAACAUGUGUUUUCUCAGAAUGACAGGUUCCAUGGUCCACAUUGGCUGCGCCUCCAAAGCUUUCUGUGCUAACUCUGUACAAAUCGGCACCACAAUUACAGACAACAAAGGGGUGACUAUAGCCCCUCAAUGGAUAGACUGCAUACCGGCGAUUCCGAUGAUGAAGACCGUGAAGCUGAAGGCUAUACAAGAUGGGACCAGUAGCAGGCUGAGCAGCCACAGGCAGAGCAGCCUCAGGCAGAUGGGUCCUCCCCAUGUCAAUAGCCACCCAGUGCAGGGGACUCACCUGUGUCAGAGGUCCAGCAACUGGCAUUGCCACAAGAGAGCCCCCUGGAACUGCUGGAGCAGAAGUGCAGGAGACUCAGGGUACAGCUACAAGAGCAAAGAAGUAGUGCUAGACUGCAAGCCCAGCGAGGCGUGA